AUGAGCUGCCUGAGCCUGAGGAUUGCAUUCAGCUGCGCCCUUGGUACCUGCCAGCGGGCUUCAGAGUGGAUCGCUGCUCUCCAUCUUCUCCAGCGGGUAGACGAGGAGAAGUUGGAGAACGAUGUUGUGAUCCAAAGCGCGGCGAAGCUUUGCCCAGCUUUGGUCUGGUUCAUCUUCGGCUCCCUGCGCUGUCGCCCCAGAGACAUGGACUCGGUGAUGUUGGGCACCGCUAUCCGUGUCUGCAGCAAGGCCUUUCUGUGGCAAGGCGCAUGGGCCCUGCUGUUUGAGGCACAGGCGGCGACAACCAGAGCGAGCUUGAUUGCUUUCAACUCCGCCCUCGAUGCCUGUGAGAAAGCGGCUCAGUGGCAGCAGGCUCUGCAGCUUCUCGGGGAAAUGAAGCGAUUGCGUGUUGAUCCGGACGUCGUCUCGCAGAAUUCGGUGAUCUCGUCGAUGGCAUUGGAGUGGGAGCAGGCUAUGUGCCUGUUCCGUGGGGUCCAAUGCCCAGAUGCCAUCACAUACGCCACAGCCAUCAGUGCUUGCGCUGCUGCUUCGCAGUGGCAGGUCGCAUGUUCCUUGCUUCGAGCAUCAACUCUCCACCACCCGAGCCUUGUGGCCUACAACGCUGCCGCCAGCGCUUGCGCGAAUGGGGGCGCCUGGCAGCAGACGCUUCGAGUACUCCGCCUUGCCCAAGAGGAAGGUCUGGAGCUGGAUGCCGUGUCCUUCAGUGCGGCAAUGAGAAGCUGCAGUCGGUCCUCGGAAUGGCAAAAAGCUUGGCUGCUCUCCCAGGACCUCUUCGAACAGACCCUGGAGCUGGAUACCAUCACAUACAGCACCAUCAUCGAGACUUGCGAGGCUGCUGCGAAGUGGCAAGCCGCUUUGCAGCUCCUUCAGCACGCCCUAAGGACCAGCGUAAGGGCCGAUCCAAUCAUGUAUGGCUCCGCGAUGAGGGUCUGUCAAGCCGCUGCACAGUGGGAGGAGGCCCUGGGCCUCUUGCAAGUGCCAGAGCAGCCGACAGAGGCCAGCUUCGUCUCAGCGAUGAGCGCCUGUGAGCGCGCUUCCUGCUGGCGCUCUGCGCUGCAGAUCCUUCAGGACAUGACCUUUGCCCGGCUUGGGCCCAAUCUCAUCGCCUUCAACACAGCGCUGAGUGCCUGCGCCAAGGGAUCGCAAUGGAUGCGGGCGCUGUUGUUCUUCGAAGGCCUCUGGGCAGCCGUCGUGAAGCUGGAUGUCAUCAGCUACGGCACUGCCAUCACUGCCUGCGAGGAAGCGUCGAAUUGGUCCCUGGCGAUGUCGUUCCUGGAGCAGAUGGAGUCGAGACUGCUCCAGCCAAGUCUCAUCGCCUGCAACGCCUCGAUUAGCGCUUGCGAGAAAGCAGCGCAAUGGCAACAGGCACUGCAGCUUCUGCAUGAGAUGGAUCUGGCGCAGCUGAAGGCUGACGUCAUUUCCUUCGAUGCAGCUAUCAGUGCGUGCGAAAGGGCUGUGGUGCGCUUCGGCGGAGAAU